GUGUGUGAGCGCCGCGGCGCGUGAGAAAUACGAGAAGGAGGCGCUUCGCUCUGUUCGCUCUGCGUUAAACCACAACAAAGAUGGAGGCGCUACAUGACAGCUAGACUUGCAUUUUUCAUCGCGCCGCGCUCAAACUCCCGCUGAAGUGAAGAUGGACGCGCCGCAUCUGUCAGAGCAGAGUCCGGAGAAACGCGUCCGCAUCGUGGGAUCCGAGCUGGUGGAGAAUUACACGGUUUAUGUCAUAGAGGUGAAGGUUGGAGAUCACAGUUGGACGGUCAAACACCGUUACAGUGACUUUCACGAUUUGCACGAAAAACUCACUGUGGAGAAGAAGAUCGAUAAACAUCUGCUGCCGCCCAAGAAGAUCAUCGGCAAAAAUUCCAAAAGCCUCGUUGAGAAGCGACAAAAGGAGCUGGAAGUUUAUCUCCAAACACUCCUGAGCAGAUUCCCAGCGGCGACUCCCAAAGUCCUAUCUAACUUCUUGCUUUUUCACUUAUAUGAAAUCAAUGGAAUCGCUGCUGCCCUGGCUGAAGAGCUCUUUCAUAAGGGUGAGCAGUUGUUGGCUGCAGGCGAGGUGUUUCUACUCAGACCGCUCCAGCUGUACGCCGUCACGCAGCAGCUGAAACUCGCCAAGCCCACCUGUGCCAACGGAGAUGCCAAAGCCGACCUCGGACAUAUCCUGGACUUCACCUGCCGCCUCAAGUACCUCAAGAUCCCUGGAAUGAAAAUAGCGGUGGGGACGAGUAACAUCGAGGAGCAGAGCCUUCCGUUUGACCUGUCCAUCUUUAAAUCGCUGCUCCAGAUUGAGAUCAGUGAUUGCGAUGCUGGACAGAUCAAAGGUCUGCCUUCCCUAAAGCCCACGCUGGCCACGCUCACCAUACACCUCUCAGCCGGCAGUAUGAAGGAAAUCUUAGUUCCCGAAGCGUCUGAAUUUGCGCAGUGGGAACCUGAGGGUGUGGAUACGGACUGUCCCGUGACGGCGAUCAUUCCCAAGUGGAAGAUGCUCACCACUCUGGACAUGAGCCGAAACUUCAUACGCUGCAUCGAUGAGUCUGUGAAACUGAUUCCUGAAGUGGAAUUUCUUGAUCUCAGCCAUAAUGAGUUGUCUGUAGUGGAAAACCUCCAGCAUUUGUACAACCUGGUCCAUCUGGAUCUGUCCUUCAACAAACUCACCAUCCUGGAGUGCGUUCACACUAAACUCGGAAAUAUCAAGACUUUGAAUCUGUCUGGGAAUCAGCUGGAGACGCUCUCCGGCCUCAGUAAACUUUACUCCUUGGUUAACCUGGACUUAAGCAGCAACAAAUUAGCACAGCUGGAUGAAAUUAAACACAUCGGCACUCUUCCCUGUCUGGAGAAACUGGCUCUGGCUGAUAACCCCAUGUGCAUCAUCCCAGAUUACAGGACUAAAGUUCUGGCCCAGUUCUGCGACAGAGCCUCUGAGGUGUGUUUGGAUGGUACGACCACCACAGAGAAAGAGCUCGACACGGUGGAGGUGCUGAAAGCCAUUCAGAAAGCCAAAGUGGCCAAAGACCGAAUGGCAAACAAUGACAAAAAGGUGAGUGACGUCCCGGGGCAGGCCACCAGCGGGCCGCAGUCCUCUUCGUCCUCUCUCGUCGCGCCGCCCUCCUCUUCCUCCCCCUCUCUGUCCCGUUCCACCUGCUCCAGUCAAGAAAUAACUACUUGUACAGAAAAAGCUUUUAUUACCAAAGAGAUAUUAACUCCUGUGGAUUCUACACUUACCCAGAGAUGCUAUGAUGUUUACAGCUCGGCCUGUGAGGUCAUCCCGCAGGUGAAAACUCAAGUUGAUUCCAGUUUAUCUUUGGAGGUCACCUUUGAGAGCAGCCCCUGUUGCUGUGAAGAGGAGUGGAAACCUUGGACCACAAGUCUUUUGAAUCUCUUUGUGCCUCCCACUUUACUGUCCUACACUACCACCAACCAGGAGUUUAUCAACCAACUUUCUGCUCAUAUCAGCCAGGCUAAUAGAGAAGAAUCAUCCCCGAUACCUUGCAAAACCACUUCUCUGGAGGGCACGGACCAAGGCAGCCCUCAAUCGGGGGAUGGGUACUUUGAGAUGACUCUAGAUGGCACCAACGAGAUAAUGGGUUGUUCCUCCUCAUCUAGAGUUCAGGAAAAGGGACCAGAUGAUGUGAAGAGAGAAUCUGCAGAUGAUCAUGUAAAAAUGGUGGCUUGGUCUCUUUGCAUGAGUGUCGGAGAAGGUUUGAGUCGGUGGCCAUCUUGUUUGGUGGCAACGGACAGCUCACUUGUGGUUUUCCACACACGGUCAGAAGAACCAGUGAGUAACUUGGAGGAACUAAUGGAGAACCUUGAGACUGACUUGGUUGUGCUGUACACCAACAUUGAGACCUUCCAGUUUGAUAUUCCAGAGGUUUGUGUUUCCUUGAAGGUGAAGUCAAGCAAUACGCGAUGGUUCUUUUUCUCAGAUGCCCAAAGUCUGAAGGAGAUGCACUCUUGCAUUAGCCCUCAUGUGGACCAAACUAAUGAACAAAUUUUGAACUCCUCUAACACUCAGAUGUUCAUCCGACAGUUUCUGAACUCUUGGGACUUUGAGGAAAGCGAUGAAAGCUUAAAAGGUGGACACUUGAUCCAUUUCCUUAAUUCAGACCCAUCUACCUCCGACAAGAACGUCACAAACAACCCACAAUUUCCAAAGAACUCAGUACCCUCAGAUGUUUUAUCCCAAAUCAGCCUGUUUGAAAGUGAUCAGGACCAAACCUCCAAUCCCAUGAUCCUCUUCCUGACUUCUCGGCACCUUUGUGUUCUCAAGGUAGACUUUGUCGCUCUGUCGUCCCGGGACUCUUCUGAAGCGAGUGUGAUGCGGAGCUGCUCCAAAGUAACCCGUAUCCCGCUCUCGUUCACACUCCUCGACCCAAAGCGGAACUGUUCUUGUAGGGCCGUCUCAAACUCUCGCCGUUUCUAUGAUGACCAUGUCGUAGAACUGAUGGCAGGUCACGAGCGCCUCUCUGUUGUUUUUGCCCUUCCACAAGACAAGUUUACCUUCCUGCAAGAGUUCAUACGGCUUCGAUCCAAUCUGCGGGAAAUUAAGACCAUCGCCCUGCAGCACACCAAGAAGGGACACGUGAAAGUGCACAGUUGUCCUGCUCCGGCUACAACCACCAAAAGAAUACCUACCAGCAGCGUCCCUCAGGAAGUGCCAAGGCCCCAGCUGACCCUGUCUCUGCUGUAUCCAGCCAAAUCUCUCAUUCAGCAGCUGAUGGAGGACAACCAAUGUCCCUCACACCUCACACUUUCCUCUUCAUUACUCCUCAUCUCAUCUCUCAAGGGAGACCAGCUUGUUCACUUCUUCCACAACAAUAUUGCUGAGAUGGAGAAUGAGGAGCUGAAACACAUCCUGUGGACGUCGGUGCUUUUCUACAGAUCUCCUGACGUGGAGACAACCGCCUGUGUCCUGCUGUCCACCAAAGCCAUCUACUUCAUCCUGGAGGACACGGCGUCCUCGCUCACCAACCAAUCGAUGAUGUGGACCUGGCAACCAUCCGAGCAUAAGGACACAGAUUUCCUCAUCUCCUUCUGCUUCACCCUUAAACUGAAGGACCUGCAGAGCGUCAACGUGGGCUUGUUUGAUCAGUACUUUCGAGUCGUCGGGCCCUCUGCUGAUCACAUAAUUUCCUGUCUGACUCGUGACGGUUACGGCACACAUCGCUUCCUGCAGCAGCUGAUGCUGGUUUUGUCCCUGCUGGAGAAAGUUCCCUCUCCUGAACCUUCUGAGCUGGAUUUCUACUCACAGUUUGGAAACAAAAGCACAGGUAAAAUGGAGAACUACGAGCUGGUCCACUCCAGCAAGGUGAAGUUUGUAUACCCAAGCGAGGAAGAAAUCGGAGACCUCACCUUCAUCGUGGCGGAGAGAAAGACCCCGCAGGCGCCGUCUCACUCCUUCAACAUACUUUUGUACGUACUGGUGUUCCAGGUCCACGUCGUUCCAGGCCAAACCAGCCAGAACCGGACCGUCCUACAACCCAAGACUCUUAUACUCACCAGCACAGAUGUCUUCCUCCUGGAUGAAGACCACAUAAGCUACCCGCUACCUGAAUUCGCAAAAGAGCCGCCGCAAAGAGACAAGUACCGUCUCACGGACGCCCGGCGGAUUCGUGACCUGGACCGCGUGUUAAUGGGCUACCAGACUUACCCGCAAGCCCUCACGCUGGUGUUCGACGACGUUCCCGGACCGGAUCUUUUGUGCCACCUUACCAUGGACCAUUUUGCGGAUGCCGACAGGAAGGGCGACAGGACACGGGGGGCUGGAGGAGCCGAGGGUGAAGUGCAGUGGUGUAUUUUUGUACCGGGUGCGGACAGCAGGGAGCGGCUGAUAUCGCUCCUGGCUCGCCAGUGGGAGGCGCUGUGUAGCCGAGAGCUGCCGGUAGAGCUAACGGGCUAAAAAAACAAAUGGAAAAUGCGCAGUAUUUACCUACACAUAGUAUGACGAACAUUUGUUUUUACUAACAUUUUUUUUUUUUUACUGUUUUGACACAAUGCAUCCUGGGAAGCUGUAUUGUAGAGUCCACACGAGUGUAAUAUUUUUUGUCUCAGGCUUCAAACUUUGCUUUGCUUUUCAGACAUAUUUAUCUGCUGCUGUGUACAAUCGGCCAUGCAUCAUAAAAUGUGAAACAUUUGUUAUACAGUUUUGUGCUACAGUGUUAUUUUGAUUUUUAAAGUAAAUUUGUUGUUCCAUGGCAACAAAAUGAUUUUGUGAUAGAUGGCUUUUAAUGAACGAAAAAGAUAUAUAUAGUCUUUCGUUUUUUUACGUAAAUGCAGUUUUAAAGUGUUAUUCCUAUUUUAGAAAGUAUUCCCGAGUUGAAUCUGUGGAUUUAUUUGUACAGAUAUUCAAACGGAAGACCACCGAGCACAUGUUUACAGAGCGCUUUCAGCUUCAUGAGAUUAUUCAUCAUGGGAAUUCAGACUGAUCAUGCACUUUGAAUUUUUUUAAUAAAUGUGAGUAUAUGUAAA